UUCCUCUCUUAUUACUGGCCUCUCUCUCUCUGUCUCUGUCUCUGUUCGUCUUUUAAGUUUUCCUCCGCAACAAAAUAUUUGUUCACACUCACACCAGUUCCAUUGCAAAACCAACGUUCUCAUUUAACAAAGUCACAAGCAACUGUAACUCUUCUCUUCCUCCACCUCAAAGAACAUGACGGAGUUGGUCUAUUCCAUUGCAUCAAACGUCAUUGACAAGAUAGGGACCCAUGCUUUCCAAGAGUUUUGCUCGGCAGGGGGCAUUUCCGAAGACACGAAAAAGCUUGAGCUCACCAUGUCCAUCAUCCAAGCUGUGCUGCUUGAUGCUGAGGAGAAGCAAGUGAAAAACCGAGGCCUGACUGUUUGGUUGGGGCAACUCAAAGAUGUCUUUCAUGAUGCGACGGAUGUGCUGGAUGAGUUCGAGUGUGAAGCUCUGCGGAGGCAAGUGGUGCAAAAAUAUGGAAACACUAGCAAUCAGGUACGUGACUCCAUUUCUUCUUCUUCUUUUAACCCGCUUGGCUUCAGUUAUAAAAUGAGUCAAAAAAUCAAUGGGAUAAGAGAGAGUUUGGAAGAGCUAGCAAAGAAGAGAGCUCUAUUUAAUCUUGAGGAGCGGUCUGAAGAUCAAAAUAUUGUGCACAGGGAGAGGGAGAUGACCCACUCCUUUGUUCCUGAUUCUGAUGUUAUUGGGAGGGUUGAUGACAAGCAAAAGAUAAUAGAUCUUUUGAUGCACCCAGGGAACAAUAGUAAUGUUUCUGUGAUUUUUAUAGUGGGAAUCGGAGGUCUGGGCAAAACCACACUUGCUCAGUGGGUGUAUAAUGAUGAAAGGAUAGCUACAAAUUUUGACUCCAGAAUAUGGGUGUGUGUUUCAGAAGACUUUUGUGUUUUAAAAUUAGCAAAAGAGAUCCUGAAGUCUGCAGGAGGUGCGAUUAGUGAGAAUAUGAGUAUGGAUUUGGUGCAAGCUAGUUUAAGAAGUACUUUAAAGGAAAAAAGAUUUUUUAUUGUUUUGGAUGAUGUCUGGAAUGAGGAUCGUAACAAAUGGAUUGGCCUUAAGAAAUUGUUAAUUGGAGUACAAGGAAGUAAAGUUCUUGUCACUACACGUAGUCACAAAGUUGCCUUAACGAUGGCUCCUGGACCAAUCCAUGACAUAGAAGGUCUUCCAGACGAGGAUUGUUUGUCCUUGUUCAUAAGAUGCGCAUUCAAUGAAGGAGAGCAUGAACAGUAUCCAAAACUAGUAGAGAUUGGAAAACAAGUAGUGGAAAAAUGCAAAGGCGUUCCUUUGGCUGUGAAGACUUUAGGGAGCUUACUUUAUUCUAAAACCGAGGUGCGUGAUUGGAUCUCUAUAAGGGAUAAUGAGAUAUGGAAACUGGAGCAAAAGGAAGAAGACAUUUUACCGGCAUUAAGAUUGAGUUACAAUAGAUUGCCAUCGUACUUGAAACAAUGUUUUGCUUAUUGCUCAUUGUAUCCAAAGGAUUUUAGAUAUAGUAAUCAGGAUUUAAUUCAGGGUUGGAUGGCAAAUGGGCUCCUCAAAAAGUCCAACAAUAGUACAGAAGAGAUGGAAGAUAUUGGGGAACGAUAUUUAAAAGAGUUGUUAUCAAGAUCUUUCUUUCAAGAAGUUCAAAUCAAUGACACUAUUCGGUGGUCAUUUAAAAUGCAUGAUCUGUUACAUGAUCUUUCAUUAUAUGUUGCACAAAAUGAUUAUUGCUUAAUUGAAGACACUAACAACACCAACAAAUUUGAAAAGGCUAGACACGUUUCAAUUUUGGACCAUAAGUUGGGUGUUGAUGCAACAAUAACUUUUUUACACAAGUUGAGUAACAGCAUGCGGACUAUUAAUUUCUCAUUUGAUGAUUGGGGCCAAUUUGAUUCUAUUGAUAUUAAUGAAUCUUUGGUGGAUACAUGCAUCUCAAGGUUUAAGCACUUGCGAUUGCUAAAUUUAAGAAAUUCAACGUUGGAAACGUUGUCAAGCUCAAUUAGUACUUCGAAGCAUUUGAGAUAUCUCAACUUACGUGGAAAUAAGAAAAUAAAGAAAUUACCUGACUCCAUUUGCGAUCUACAAAAUUUGGAAACUUUGAUAUUAUAUGACUGUAAAGGGCUUGAAGAGUUGCCAAGGGAUAUAAGAAAGAUGGUUAGCCUCAGAUAUUUUGAGAUAACCACAAAACAAACGCGUUUACCCGCCAACGGAAUCGAGUGCAUGUCUUCUCUUCGACAUUUGUCCUUUCACAGCUGUCAUAGACUAGAGUGUUUUAAUGAAGGAAUCCAACGCCUCACCGCCCUUCGCUACUUGAGCUUCAGUGGAUGUGGAAGCCUGAUAUCUUUGCCGCAAGGUAUGAAACACCUAACCGCGUUGGAAUUUCUGAAUAUUGGAUAUUGUAAAAAACUUAAUUUAAUGGAAAGGGAUCAUGACUACCCGACAAGUCUUCAAACACUCCAUAUUGCGGGAUUGCCACAAUUAGUGAGUUUGCCCCAAGGGCUUAAAGGAUCUGCCGACACUCUACAAUUUUUACGUAUUGUUGAGUGUGAGAACUUGGGGGUAUUGCCAGAGUGGCUUCCCGAUCUCAGUUCUGUUCGCAAGCUUCAGAUUGGGUUCUGCCGAAAAUUAUCGUCUCUGCCAGAAGGGAUGGAUCGCCGAAAAUAUUUAAGAGAACUGCAGAUUUUUGUUUGUCCAUGGAGCGCUGAAGAACACCGGGCCUUUACUCCUGAAGAGGACGAUACCAUAAUCCGAGCCCAUGCCCGGUUCGGAAACAAGUGGGCCACAAUAGCCCGACUCCUCUCGGGUCGGACCGGCAACGCGAUAAAGAACUACUGGAACUCGACGCUCAAGCGAAAGUGCUACUCCGAUGGAGGGUACGAUGGUAAUUUCGACCAGCAACAGUUACAGCCGUUGAAGCGGUCCAUGAGUGCGGGUUCGGUGCCCCCGUGCCCAUUUACAUGAACCCGAGCAGCCCAUCCGGAUCGGACGUCAGCGAUUCGAACUUUUUAUGAGCAGGAGGAGAGAUUAUGAGCAGGAGGUCGGCAAAGAUUGGGGCAAGAUGGUCGAAUUCAGUUUUGAUGAGUAGAUGAUCUUGGAAGAUUGUUCUCUCAGAAAAGGAUGUUCCUUGUGCUUAAAAUUGCCACUGCUUAUCAAUUCAGCCAUAACAUGCAGCACAGAAAGUCUCAGCCUUCUCUUGUAUUGUAAAUAAUUUUAAUAAUAUUGUGGUGUGCAUUUAGUUUUUGUAAUGAUUAAUGGAGUGAUGUGUGUUUAUUUUAUGAUUUCAAUUGUAAUUCAUGUAUUAUCUAAUUUGCACAAUGUUUUAGUAACUUGAGUCAUGUGUGUGUUAUUGAUUGUU